GCCUGUAAAGUAAAUUGCACCUUGCAGCUUAGAGCAAUUAGUCUUAGUGCAAAAACACUACUUCACCGCGUUGAUGUAAAUACGCCCACCACCCCGGAACCGGUUGGUGGUUGGUUUUGCCAGAGCUGUCAAGUCCCAUUUGGCAGGAUGUCCAGCGACGAGAUUGAUGAUUUUUGGGCGGCGCUACGACCGAUAAUUUUUGUUUCACAACUGUUUUCCUUGUUCCCAGUGGAGGGCAUCUUUGCCAAGGACAAUCAGCAAAUCGUUUUUCGAUGGGUGAGCUUACGGACUUUCUACUCGCUAUCGAUGCUUGGGAUGGGAGGCUUAGUUAUCGUGGCACAGCUUAAUCAUGUUGCUAGCUCCAAUGUUACGGCCAGCAGUAUUGCUGCUAUUUUGUAUUAUGCUUUCAAUUACGGAGGAAUGAUUUGUUUUCUAAUUAUUGCAAUACAAUGGAGAACUAUAAUGUCGAAAUGGCGUUCAUACGAAGAAGUAUUCCUUCAUCCACCGUAUUGGCGAUUUGGGAGAAGUAUGCGGUUUUAUAUUAGAGCGGUGGGGUGCACUGUUCUAUUGCUAGCUUUUAUUGAGGAUUUUAUACAUGUGGUGUCCUGUUACGUAAGCAAUCGGGAGUACAUUGCGCGUUGCGACAACAGUACCCCAUUUUGGGAAGUGUUUUACACCCAUGAACACUCCCACAUCUUUGGUUAUAUUUCCUAUAGUCUACCCGUAGCUUUGAUAGUUGAGAUGGUUCAUAAGGUUUAUCUUUUCAUAUGGUCCUUCAUGGAUUUGUUUAUAACGCUGGUAAGUUUGGGUUUGUCGUUGAGAUUCGAGCAAUUUUAUGCCCGUGUGGAGCAUCUUAAAGGAAAAGUGAUACCAGAUUCUUUCUGGGCGAUAGUGCGUCUAGAUUAUACUAAGCUGUCUAAUUUGGUGCUGUAUAUGGAUGAAGUUCUGUCGCCGAUGGUUUUGCUAACCUGUGGGUCUGAUAUUUUCUUUAUUACCUAUCAGCUGUAUAUGUCUGUUCAAAUCAACGCUUCAGCUUUGUCCACAUUUUACUAUAGAAUUUCAUUGACGUUUCUAAUACUACGAGCAUUGCUAAUGCUUUUGGCUUCGUCGCACAUUUUUGUAGCUUCUAGAAAACCGUUGCAAAUUUUAAGGGCUGUACCGACAAGCUCUUGGAACGUUAAUGUGCAGCGUUUCACCAACGAGAUUCUAAACAUCGAUAAUGCCUUAUCUGGGCAUAAGUUCUUUUUUCUGAAGCGAACAAUUAUCCUAGCGAUGGCAGGAACAAUGAUUACUUAUGAGCUGGUGAUGCUGAGUGAGGUUAAGUCAACGGAUCGUGCGGAUUUUUGUGAAGGUUCUCAUCAAGAAUUCCACGGACAGCGUAAACAGGCCAAAUUCGAUCAGGAUGCAAGCUUUCUAUUGGUUAUGCGUCCCAUCAUCGUACUCGGGCAGACUUUCGGUAUUUUUCCGGUGCUGGGAUACGGCUCUGAUACAGCGAGUAAAGUGCACUUUAAAGUAUUUUCUUUUCAAAUGUUCUACUCUCUGUUAAUGCAAUUGGGUGGUUCGAUGAUGUCCGGGUUUUCUCUUGCCACCUUCUGGACCACGGGAGUGGAGUUUUCGAAAAUCUUAUCCUGGAUGUUUUUCACUAUCAACCUGAUGAUCACCCUAGGAUUUACAGCGUUGGCACGAAUUUGGCCCAAGUUGAUGGUUGAGUGGGAAAAUACUGUACGGACUCUUCCGGAGCGACCACAGCUGGCGGCCAAUAACAUGCAAUUGCGUAGGAAAGCAAAGCUCAUCAUGACUUGUCUGAUGUUCAGUGCCCUCUUUGAGCAUGCCCUUGCGAAGCCUGCAGGACUGUAUCGGGCGUACAAAUGUGGUAUUAAGAAUCUAUUGGAAGCACAUCUGAUGCAGGCGUUUCCGGAAAUGUAUUCCUUCAUUCCGUACAAUGCCUAUCUUGGAUUUACGUGUCAAAUUAUUACAAGUAUUUUAACCUUCUACUGGAACUACAUUGACCUUUUUCUAAUGGUUCUAUGUAUCGGGCUGCGACAAAACAUUAAGCAUAUUAACGACAUCAUUCUACGAUCGUCGGCAGAGUAUGGAUCCCUGCAUUUCUGGACUGUAUAUUGGAAGCAUUAUCAAAAAGUUUGUGAACUUGUUCAACUGUUCAAGAUCAAGCUGGCAUACUUCGUAGCCAUUUCAUUCGCUAAUAACUUGUUCUUCAUCUGCAUUCAAAUGCUAGGCUUGUUGAAGGAUUAUCCUGGCUUGAUCGUGGCAGUUUACUAUUGGUACUCGUUCGGCCACCUUGUAACGCGAAUGGUGCUUGUAGCGCUCUACGCAGCAGACAUUCAUGACGAAUCUAGACGGUUGUUGCCUCUUUUUAGGACUAUCUCAACGCAGUAUUACAGCAAAGAAGUUCAACGCUUCCAUGAGCAAGUGCUGAAUGACAAAGUCGCACUCUCCGGGUUUGGAUUUUUCCAUCUCACUCGGCAGUUGAUUUUGAAGAUCGCUGGCACGAUAGUCACCUAUGAGUUGGUCCUGCUACAGGUGAACGACGCAGAGGAGAAAAAUGGUGAUCAAAAUCCUUGUACUUAAACUUGCCUAUCUAUGUUCGUCUCAUUCUGCACAAAUCGACCUCCGCUUGUUCCUCUUGAUGGAACUGAAUCAGCACCAGUUCGUAGGUGAUGAUCGAGCCGGUAACUUUCAGUAUCAGCUUCCGGGUCAUGUUGAAGAAUUUCAUUCCGGUCAGCGCAACCGUAUCGUUUACUACUUCUUCGGUGAAACGUUUCGCCUCCAGGCACCAUCCAUCACGGGGAAUCGUUCGCAGUACUUCGAUCGGCCGUUUUGAUUCGUCGUUAACCUGAGCGGAGUACAUUGUGACCGCUAGGGUGCGGCUGAUAAGAAAGGCCAAUCCUAGCCAGAAAUAUAACGUGUGAGCUACUGAUGGAUGAGAACUGAAAAGUUACGCGCGGUUAAUGGAUGAGAUUUCGACUUUUUUGUGUGUUUCCUACGUACUUCAUACUAUUCAAAAUAGACACGCAGAUGUAGAACAAGUUGUUAGAGAUCGAAAGCAUAGUAAUGACGGAAAUUGUGUCGUCUACGUGUUGCACCAGCUCGCAAAUGUUGCGAUAGUUUUGACGUUGUUCAGCCCAGAAUUGCUCCGUCAUUUUCUGUAAAUUGUGUCAAUAUUCUGCACUGUCUAUGAAAAUAAACACUCACCUCUCGUUUGUGUUUCAUUAAAUAUUCGUUGAUUCUUUGGAAAGUGUGCGACAGCCCGAUGCUGAUGAUCACUACGAAUAG